AUGAGGCUAACAAUUUCUUGUUCUUACCAUAAGCCCCCAUUGCUUGAAUCCACCAUUGGGGACCAUUUCGCUCAAAUCGUUAGCUCAUAUGGUGACCGAACAGCUGUCAUCUGCAAGCAUCAAAAUGACCGAGUAACGUAUGCCGGCCUCGAUGCGAAAAGCAACGCCCUCGCACGGGGCCUGGAGUCUGUAGGCGUGCGCACAGGCGACCGUGUGGGAGUGAUGCUCGGAAACUCCAUGGAAUUCUCCAUUGCGACUUAUGCGUUGUUUAAACUCGGAGCCAUCCUCGUCCCAAUCAACCCAUCAUUCAACGCAGCUCAAGUGGUCUCGGCAUUAAAUCACCUAGCGGCUACACAUAUGAUUGUCAGCACCGAGUCUAAUCUGCCGCGAAAAGAGCCCCGGAGCAAUAUCCCAAUCUUACAACACCUGGUUCAAGACCUUCACAAAUCAAAACUGGAGUCCGCACUCGUGCCCUCCCUGAAGCAUAUCAUCAUGGUCGACAACUCCUCCGGCCGAGUUGACAUCUCCGAUUACAAAUCGUUGACGAAAUAUUCCUCGGUGAUAUCCGGCGCAAAGGCAGAUGAAGCUGCAUUGCCACACCGAGACCUAUCACCUCAUGACGUCGUGAACAUCCAAUUCACCUCCGGUACCACCGCCAUGCCCAAAGCAGCAUGUCUGACCCAUCGCUCGGUUCUCAACAACGGCGCCCAGAUCGGCGACCGCAUGCGCCUCACCCCGGAGGAUAUCGUCUGCUGUCCUCCACCGCUGUUCCAUUGCUUCGGCUCCGUGCUAGGAUACAUGGCCACGGCAACGCACGGUUCGGCCGUCGUGUUCCCCACCGAAUCAUUCAAUGCCCGGGCAGCGCUCACAGCCGUCCAAGAGGAGAGGUGCACCGCGCUUUACGGCGUCCCGACAAUGUUCAUCGAAGAACUCACCCUGAUCGACGAUGGCGAAGUGCCAAACGAAGGAUUCGGCCAUCUGAGAACAGGCAUCGCCGCCGGAAGUAGCGUGCCGGCUGCCCUCAUGGAGAGACUACAUCAGGUCUUAAACCUGACCGAGUUGACCAUCUGCUAUGGCAUGACAGAAACGAGCCCCGUCUCCGCCAUGACGACCACGGACGACCCGAUCGACAAGCGCAUCAACACUGUCGGCAGACUCAUGCCGCAUGUUGAAGCGAAGAUCGUGAACCCUGCCAAUCGGAGCCAGAUUCUCCCCGUCGGUGUGCCCGGUGAACUGGCGGUGAGCGGUUACCUCUUGAUGAAAGGGUACUGGGGCGACCCGCAACGCACUGCGGAAUCGAUGAUUGCCGAUGAUCAGGGGAAGGUCUGGAUGCAUUCCGGCGAUGAAGCGACCAUAUCCCCAGACGGGUAUGUGACGAUUACUGGUCGAAUCAAAGACCUCAUUAUCCGUGGCGGAGAAAACAUCCACCCACUUGAGAUCGAAAACUGUGUAUUGACGUACCCUGGUGUUUUGGAUGUGUCGGUUGUCGGUGUGCCUGAUGAAAAGUACGGAGAGGUCGUGGCGGCUUUCAUCAUUCCCAGGGAACACCAGGAUGAGGCUGCGCCUCUGACUGAAGAGAAUAUCCGGGAAUGGGUUCGGGGGCGGUUGAGCAAUCACCUUGUCCCGAAGUAUGUUUUCAAUCUGGACCCCUCGACAAUCUUCCCCAAGACUGCCAGCGGAAAGAUCCAGAAGUUCAAGCUGAAGGAGGAUGCUAUCAAAAUCCUCAAGGAAAGGAACUCGUUGAGCUAA